AUGGUGACGGUCUGCACACGAGCAGUGACCAGGUGCACGUCCAUCUUCUUCAUGGAGUUUCAGGAUCAUUUUGGAGCCGACUACUCGGAGACGGCGUGGAUCCACAGCCUGCUGGACUGCAGCACCAUGCUCUUUGGUCCGUGCCUGCACUCCCACACGCAGCCUGCAGGGGCGCUGCACCGCUCUGACCUGUGUGUUUGUGUGUGUUUGUGUGUGUUUGUGUGUGUUUGUGUGUGUUUGUGUGUGUUUGUGUGUCCAGCUCCUGUCGGCAGUCUGAUCGGGACCCGGUGGUCCUGCCGGGGGACGGUGAUGUUGGGAGGACUCAUCUCGUCCUGUGGCCUCCUCCUCAGCUCCUUCACCAGCAGCCUGGAGCUGCUCUAUGUCUUCAUGGGCGUCUUCACAGGUCUGGGUUUCGCUCUCUGCUACACGCCGGCCAUCGCCCUGGUGGGCGGUUACUUCCGGCGGCGGGCGGCCCUGGCGUACGGCGUGGCGAUGUCGGGCAGCGGCAUCGGGACGUUCGUGUUGGCGCCGGCGGUGCAGAUGCUGAUCGAGCGCUACACGUGGAGGGGGGCGCUGCUCGUCCUCAGCGCCUUCGUCGCCAACCUCUGCGUCUGUGGGGCGCUUCUUCGACCGAUCCCACUGCGGGAGGAGGAGGCGGCCUCAGAGGGGGAGGAGCGACGUGGUCCCGGGUCCUCGCAGGACGCCGACCUCGCAGUGAAGCUCUCCUACGAAUCCGAAGGUGGAGGUUCGUCAUCAGGGGCGUCGCCCUCUGCUUCUUCUUCACCGUCGCUGCCCCUGCUGCCGGGAAGCCCCGCCCCUCAGGUGGAGAGGAGGCGCUGCUUCAGCUCCUGGUCCAGUAAGGAGUUCCGCUUCCUGCUGCUGCCGGACUUCCUGUUCCUGGCCGCGUCCUUCCUGUUCUUAGCCAGCGGCUGCAGCCUCCCCUUCGUCUACCUCGUGCCCUACGCGCUGCACGCCGGCGUCGGCCAGCAGCACGCCGCCUUCCUCAUGUCCAUCCUCGGAGUCGUUGACAUCGUGGGGAACAUCACGUUCGGCUGGCUGACGGACCGCAGGUGUUUGAAGCCGUUCCGUCUCACCUGUUACGUCGUCGCCGUGGCGAUGGAGGGUCUCUGCUGCCUCUUCAUUCCGAUGCUUCGCUCGUUCCCGAUCCUCGUGCCCUUCGCAGUUCUCUACGGAUACUUCGAUGGCGCCUACGUGGCGCUGAUCCCUGUGGUGACGUCGGAUGUGGUGGGAGCUCAGCACCUGUCCUCGGCGCUGGGCGUGGUCUAUUUCCUCCACGCCGUCCCAUAUCUCGUCAGCCCCCCCAUCGCAGGUUGGCUGGUGGACAUCACAGGAAGUUACACAGCCACGUUCCUGCUCAGUGGCUCCGCCCAGCUGGCGAGCGCGCUCAUCCUCUGUAGCGCUGCCGGGAUUCGUCGCUGCUGCCUGCCCCGCCCACAAAGCAUGAGCCCCUCCCCCACAGCCUAGCCAGCCAAUCGGACUGCGGCACCGCUUUCAGCUCGUAGCGUUGAACUCCUGUUUUUAUGUCAGAGGAACAAACACGUCCUCUAGGUUUUGAACUCAGGUCAGUUUGUCCAAACCACGUCAAGUCAUUCUGACUGUGAGCUUCCUGUUCCUGUCAAAAUAAGAGUCCUGCUGGGACAGGAGUGAAGGAGGAACA